AAUAUUUUAUUUUUAUUCCAAUUAAAUUAGUAAAUAGAAAAUAGGCAUAUACAACUUGUAGGUAUUCCUGUAGCUCAAACAGGGAAUGCAUAAAUUGAUUUAAAAAAAAUGGUAUACCUUUUAUUGCUUGUUUGUGUUGCUUUUAAUAAAAGAGUCUGCCAGAAGCAUAAGUGUGAAAUACGAGAUGUAAAUUUGAAUGUACAAUCCUAAACAUGCAAGACACAAGAUGUAAAAGCAUUGCUAAAAUAUACAGUGUUGUUUAAUAGCACUGGCUCCUUCUUUGUUUCACUUAGACAGAGUUGAUAGAUCAUAUGUAAGGCAUCUCGUUGGUUGCCCUGGUAACUGGGGAGAUGAGCGGGAAGGUGUGAAAGUGCAGGAAUAUGGGUGUUGUUCCUUUGUCUUCCAUCAGAUCUCAAGAUCUGCCCCUUCACUGAGAAACAUCAGGCAGGAGAUUCUCUAAAAACAGGGCUUGGAGCCACUUUUUAGUUCUUCUGAGCUCCAGAAAUAGUUGGAGUGUUAUAUUUUUGAUCUUUUCUUAUAUUUCUUAGGAAGCAUUCUGAGUGAGGAGUAAAUACAAGGUAAAGGAAGUGUCUCUCUUGAAUGGAUAUUGCACUGAAAGGUUCUGGUGUGCUGAAGAAUGCAGAGAGGAGGUGUUUUCUUACGGCGCAGUAAAACCAAAACAUAAUCACAUCAUAAUCACUGAAGGGUAAAGAGGUUUUGGAUUUGCAAAGAGAGACAAAAGAAAGUGACAAUGGGACGAAAGAAGAUCCAAAUUACUCGCAUUAUGGAUGAGAGAAACAGACAGGUGACCUUCACAAAGAGGAAGUUUGGUCUGAUGAAGAAGGCGUAUGAGCUCAGUGUUCUGUGUGACUGUGAAAUAGCCCUGAUUAUCUUUAACCGCUCCAAUAAGCUCUUCCAGUACGCCAGCACAGACAUGGACAAGGUCUUGCUCAAGUACACCGAAUACAACGAACCUCAUGAGAGCAGAACCAACUCGGACAUUGUCGAAGUGCUGAACAAAAAGGAGCAAAGAGGUUGUGACAGCCCAGAUCCAGAAGCUUCAUAUGUCCUCACGCCUCACAUGGAGGAGAAAUAUCAGAAGAUUAAUGAAGAGUUUGACAAUAUGAUGAGAAAUCACAAACUUCCGUCUGCUCUGGGUCAGCAGAGUUACUCGAUACCGCUGUCUUUGCCCGUCACCAACCCCACCACGCUGUCCUACAGCACAGACAGCUCUCUGGACACCCCAGUGUCCCUCAGCGGGACUAACAUGCUGUCUCUGUCCUCCAACAACAGCACUGCAGUCAUGGAUGGCAUGCGAGUUUCCUCAGAAAUCUCUCUUCCAAACGGUGCGCACUCCAGCCAUGUGGCUAAUGGCUUUGUUGGCGGUUCAGAAGGAAACAGUAUGGGAAGAGUCGUUUCUGCAAAAUCUCAAGCAUCGUCUACAUCGGGCCGCAAACCUGAUCUCAGAGUGCUCAUUCCUCCAGUGUGCAAGGGCACUGCUUCUGCACUGCCGCCAGAGGAAGCAGAGGAACAUUUGAGAAUUGACAACUCUCAGUCCAGCCAAUCCCUGAGCACACCCGUGGUCUCCGUGGCAACCCCCAGUCUACAUCCCCAGGGCCUUGUGUACUCAGCCAUGACAUCAUCUUUCACUACAGAUUUUGCCUUGAGCAGUACAGAGCCUAGUUCUUUACAUAGCUUCAGUUCACCAGAUGCUGUCAUAUCAGAAACAGGAUCUUCAUGGAAACACAGUAAUCAUGGUCAGCCAGGCUUCAGUGCCCAGAGCAUCAAAUCAGAGCCCAUCUCCCCUCCCAGAGAGCGUGCCGGUCACUCGCUGUACCCCACCAAACCUCGGCCCGGCUCCGGACAAGAAGUGGGCCGCUCUCCUGCUGAGAGCUUCGGUUCUUCUGGUAGUUCAUAUGAAGGUAGCGACCGUGAGGACCAGCGGCUGGACUCUCACCCAGGCACCGCUACAUCAGGACAAAGAUCAUCACCAGAGACAGAGAGCCAGGAAGAUCCCUCAGUCAAACGCAUACGCACAGACAGCUGGGUAACUUAGAACGUCGUUUUAAAGUCACAUUUCAGAUAUGCAGUGUGCUGUUGUGCAACAAACACUAAGUACUGCUUUAGAAAUGUGAAGAGUUGUCCCUGAAAGGAAUAUACAAAGACAGUUAUUGUAAAUGAGUGUGUUCAAUUGUUUGUAUUGUUAUAGGAUUUUAUAUAUAUAUAUAUAUAGUAUAAGUAAUGAUGUGUAUGACACUGUUUUGUCAAUAGAGGGUUAACUUUGCUGCAUUAUUUGGAGUAUAUUAUUUUUUGCAAGCCAAAUUUUAUCUUUUGUAUUUUUUGUCUGAGUCCUCAAUCAAAGCCAUAUAAAUAUCGAUAGGGAUUUACUAUUUGCUGUCGUUUGGUGUAUGUAGACUUUACUGCCCUAGUGAUCAAAUGGAGUGCUUACUCGUCUGUCAAGUUUUAGGUGAACCUCAGGUAUCUGCGUUUCAAUCAUCAACUGGCAGCCAAAUGACA